AUGGCCUCUGCCUCUGCCUUUGCCGUCGGUCUGCUGGUGCUGCAAUGCGCGCUGGGAACACGUUUCUUCGUCGUCGGCCAGAACAUCGCGGCAUUGAGCACCUCCCAGCGGGGCGUUGAAAACUUAUACCAGAAAGUACUGGAUUUGGCCCAGACCUGGUUUGCCGAGUCCGUCCACACAUCUGUGGACUUCGUCAACACUUUCUAUCAGGGAUGCUGCCACACCGGCACGUACGGCCACUUCGCGCAGGCGGUCUGGUCCAUCACCCGCUACAUCGGCUGUGGCGUAGUCACCCACCAGGGCGGCCUGGGCACGAAGGUGCUGCUGUACUGCAAUUACGGGCCUGGUGGUAAUGUCGUCAGCAAGCCAACGUACCGGAUGGGACGGAAGUGCUCUGCGUGCCCGCAGGGCACCAAGUGCAACUCGCGGUACGACGGUCUCUGCAACAUGUACGUGUGCGCCACGUGCGGCUCGCUGAUGUCGCCCAUCACCGAGCUGACGCAGCGGGCCGCGGCGGGCCCGCCGGCGGGCUGUCUCGCUCUUCGGCGUAGCAGCCCCGCCCGCGGCCUCGGCUGA